AUGUUCGCAGAGUAUCGACAAGGAUCUACUAAAGAAUCUACUUCGACAAAGAAUGAUGUACAGACAAACACUUCAACUGCCAUAUCUAAGAAAUUCGUAACUUUAGACCUUAUAGCUGUAAAUAUGAAAUUAUCUGAAAGAACAACAACUACAUGGAAGGCAACUGCGUUAAAGUCAAUUAUUGUCAAUACUGACAAUUUCACUAUAUCUAGUAAAACACUGUAUUGGAAUUUGGAUGGUAACGAUAUAUUUUCAUUCGAGACCGUUUGCAUGACAUCGACACACGAAGACCAAGAAAUGCAAAGCCUGCGCCAAACUCUUCCCAAUUUGACUAAUCCUACUAACAAAUCUUGGUGUUGGUCUGUUGUCAAUGCAAACGCGUUUUUCCCGUUUGCGUAUAACUUUGGUGUGGCCUUUAGCGAUUUCACAGGUAUCAUAAAAAUGUUGAGAAUCCUUCAUAAACCGUCUAAAAAGCCGGGAGCAAUUGAAAAAUUACCUUGGGACUUGCUAAUAAAGUUUGAGAACGCAAAUUUCAGUUGCGAAGAUGAUCCGUUUGAAGUUAAACUUGGAGAGAACUACGCGCUGCUUCUAGAUGAGGCGGAUCAAUGCACUCAACGUGAGGAGCUAUUAGAGGCCAGGCUAGAUAAAAUCCGCAAAACCAAAGGAGAAUUCAUUCCCGUAAAAAAGAUUGAAGAGUUAUACAGAAGUUUGCAUGAAAAGAACGUACAAAUUUAUUUGCAAAGAUCGAAGAAACUACAUGGUAGCCCACUUCGAAGAAAUUUAUUUUCAUGGAAAGGAGAAGACCUGCGAAUAUUUGCAUUUGCUGAUCCAUCAAUGCAUGGAAAAGAAAAUAUUGUAUCAUGCAUGAGGCGAUUAGAUCCGAAUAGCCCGUAUCCAGAUUCCGAUCCUGAUUACUCCACAUUAUGGUGUCGCCUAAUACAUAUUGAAUCUAAAAUAUUAAAUAUGCCGGUUCGAGAUUAUCCUCAGUCAAUAAUAAAUAUUAAAGGUUUCAAAGUUGACGGGAUGCUAGCUGGCGCAGAAGUAAUACCGCCUGAUCGAGAUGUUGAACACUUAGAAAUUGCUUAUGGGCCAUGUUUUAGCCCUGCAUUGGCGCAAGUUGGCUUAGCUCUUGAUUUGCUAUCUAAGACCAGCCGUGACCCUAGUCCACGCUUAACCUGGUGGGACAAAAUGCGUUUACUAUUUCAUGGCCGAGUAUCUAUUUUCGCUAGUGCGCUACAUUAUUUCUGGCAUGCAUCAUUUGAUCCCUAUGAUAAGAGCGAAAGAAUGGAAAUAAGAGGAAAGAAUGCGGAUCUAGAUUGGUUUAAUGAACUGAUAACUCGUACUGUACAUCUUCUGUUAUUUGUAAGAAUCGAUCUUAUAUGGAAUUGUCAUGGCGAUUGUAAAGAUCAUCAUUCCGUAUUGCCUUGCGCACCUGAUAAAAUUCCUGCUCAUCAAUCUGAUAAGGCUUAUGAUUCGUAUGCAGCCUUCAGAUCUCGCGCUCUAAAAAUCAAAUUAGCCUUAAAGUUUAUGGAAAAAGCAGCUAAUGAUACGGUUGGUAAAGCCAUGAGCUCCAUACCUGAAUGUUACCUGUACGCUAGUAGCCUGAGAUGGUUAGAACAUUUUAAGUUGGUCGUAUUACAUCAUAUAACACGUCCUGUCAGGCGCGGAAAACUAUAUAAUAACGUUAGAGUUCGCAAACCGGGUUUUGUUCAGCACAUCGACGUGUUAGAUUUAGAUGUUAGUUUCCCGAAAUUAAUGCUAACUUACAGCGGAUCAUUUGCAAGAAAAGUGGGUUUUCGUGCAACUUCAGCAAGGGGUCACCUAUCAAUUAUGUUUCAACAUGCUUUGAUACCAUACCAAGAUGGCUUAAUUCGACGUCCAAAUAGUAUUUGGACCACGUCAGAAUCUGGAUAUGAUAUCAACGACGUUACGAUAAUGUUAUGCGCAAAUCUUAACAGCGAUACCGAAUAUUUGUCGCCAGACUUUGUGGAUUUUGAUAAGGAGGAACAUUUAUUAAGUCUUAAAAGCUUAACAUAUCGCUACAAUAACAAAGCAAUACCCCCGAGCAAAGACGAUACAAAUCCAUAUACGCAUACAAUUAAGAUAAAUGAUCUUAAAGCUUCAUGGACAACAUUCAAUCGGGAUACAGCUCUUAGUAUAUUUUGGGCAAACAAAAAAUCGCAAACGCUCAAACACGAUUUGUCUAGUGACUUUAUAAAACAAAUAAAGCAUAGUACUGCCAAACCUGUUGUCAUCACUGAGAAUGUACCGGAGCCUGAAUCGCAAAGGUCAUUUUCUGCAAAUGAAUCCAAGCCGUUCGGCAAUAUGCUUCAAGAUUUAUUGUCUGAUCAAUCCAAUUUUGUAGUAACAUGCGAAGAUGAGAAAAGUGAUAAUACUGCUCAAACGACGAAGAAUAUUUUACCAGAUGAGGAAGACGUUCAUCAACGACAUAUACUUAUUGAAGCCGUCAAUUCUCAAGUCAUUUUAAAGGGAACCGAAACAAACGGUUGCCUUGUUACUUCGGCUGCAAAUACCCGCUUAUAUCGCCUUAUUCAUACACCGCGGUGGCGGUCACAUAAAUUACUUUUAAAAACGUCAUGGUCGGCCUUAUUUGAUAAUAUACAGUAUUUUGGUACGGUUGGAGGCAGUUACUAUAAAACUGACGACAUACCUUGGUUAAAGCCGUCAUUGAUUCAAUCCAGAGGUACUGACAGCAUGGAUUCUAUUGUAUCAGAGGGUGUCGGUCACGUAGUUCACGAUGUUGAGAAACGGCGUGGAGCCCCUAGAAAGUCAAUAAGUUUCUUGAGAUCUACAAGCUUACUGGAUAAUGAUGAAGACGAUCUGGAAAUAACAAUCAGUGACGGAGAUAAUCUGGAUGCGGUAACUGAAGAGGAUGAAGAUCAGGAUCAAACGAAGAUUGCAGUCCCAGAAAUUGUGCAAUUACAACGAAUUAUUUCACGUUGUAGCGCUCAAUUUUCUUAUAUCAGUUAUAUGGAUGAAGCUAGCAAUGUACUAAUGGAAUCGGCUCAAUAUGCAAUGUUAAUUGAUAUUGUGGAGAAUUUCGUUUUAUAUGUUGAACCGAAAAAGAAGGAAGAGUCGGAAUUGAUAGAAAAGAUGAAGUUUAAACUUCAACUUAAUGAAGACGAAGACAUUGGCACUCCUCUACUGCAAUUACAGAAUACGGUCCGAUAUCAAUUACGAACGAUGAGAAAGUUAGAACGAGCUAUGUUUUUAGCGCGGCAGCAAUUAAUACUACAUGAAGAAGAGAAGGCAUCAAGAUUAACUGAUCAAAUUAAAGAAUUAGAAGAUGAAAUCAUAGAAGUUAAGGAAAAUGUUGACAUGGCAUGUGAUGAACUACGACUCAUGAUUACUUAUACAAAGAGGAAUAUGUCCAAUGAUUGUGUUGAACAUAAACUUGAGAUUGGCGAUUUCGCUGUUCAUAAUUUAUUACAAGUUCCAAACAAUUCUUUUAAGGAUGCCCUCUGCCCCCAAAAACUGAAAACUAAAGUUCAAAUCGAUCGCGAUGUUGCUGUUCGGAUAUUCUGCCGUGAAAUGCCACGUGUUGGUGGAAUCUCUGUUAAAGAACAUUUUGAAGUUAACGUUGUACCCCUGGCUGUACGAUUAACCAACCAUUUAUAUAAAAAUUUUAUGAAGUUCUUUUUUCCGCAUCGUUUCGAAAAUUCAGAUGCAUCACAUGAUGAUGAAACCGCUAGUAGACUAGGAUCUGAUAGUGACUCUGAUGAUGACACAAUGAGUAUUAUUAGUGAAAGCGGUGGAAGUAGUCACUUUAAUUUUCCUUCUUCGCCAGCUGCAAGCCAUAAAGAAUUUCGCUAUUCAAGAAGUCAAGACACUUCGUCGAUUAAGAGAUGCGACAGCAUUGACAGUGUUCGAUCCCGUGCAUCUGUAUCUGAAGGUAGUCAUAGGAGAAUUUCCUUUACACAUAAUAGCGAGUCUAAUCAAGAUCAAAAAGCCGAAAGGAGCAAGAAACUCUUGAGGCGGAUGUUAGAUGAUGAAGAUGUUCUCAACAAAAUGAAAGAGAGAGCCUCAAAAAAUCAAACCUUCAUUUACAUUAAAAUACCGCAGGUUCCCUUGCUUGUUAGUUACAAGGGUCAGAAAGACAAAAAUCUAGCUGACGUGAAUGACUUCAAUCUAGCGCUGCCCACACUAGAAUAUCAUAAUGUUACCUGGCAAUGGAUUGACCUACUUUUAGCAAUGAAAAAAGAUUGCCGCCAGGCACUCUUGUCUCAGGCGAUUAAAGAAAAAUUACGAUUUCGUCAUACAAGUGAUGGAGAAUCUAACCCAAAAGAUAUCGACGCCUCUAAAACAUCGGACCAAGAUAAGUACAGACUACUACUUGGAGUACAGGAUAAACCUUCCAAGAAAAAAUUAUCAUUAAAGCUAUUUGGUAAGAAAAAUGCCAAGGAAAAAGAUCUCAAGAGUCCGCACUCGCCGCUGCCUACGCGAGCAAAUAUACCCGACAGCUCUAUAGGUUGA